AUGGAUAGCUCCAACAACUCGUCGAAUCAGCCAGCACGUGCCGAACCAUCUGCAAACGGUGCCCGUCAAAGGGGUCGCCCGCGUCGCACGGUCGUUCCAAAGACUGUAUUUGAUGCCACACCGGCUCAAUGCAAAUCAAGCGCUCCAGUUAUUGCAUCGAAUACUCAGAAUAAAGGCGGAGCAAAGAGGAAAGAGCAAGUUGUUGAUAAAAGAGAUUCAACGGAAGAAGACAAUACUCAAAAACGAAAUAAGUUGGAACCCAUUCCAUCCGCUCCGUUCGCCAUCUCACAAUCUUCUGCCGCUUUGCCAUCUGGAGCAUCUUUACUUGUAACACCACCUCCAUUCCAUCAAGCCUCCACUUCAAGUCAAUCAAUUUCAAAUUCCUCGUUGGCUCGCAACACUACUUCUAAAGCAGGAACAACUCAUAAGCCAGCAAUUGAUGUUCGUGCUAGAUCAAGACCAUUUGAAGUCUUGGCGGCUCUUCGUGGAUCCCCUCUCCCGGAUCUUCAAGUCACUUCAACUACAAGUGAUUUGCUUGCUCCAAAAGUCUGCACUGCUGAGAAUCCUGCUCGCCCAGCACCUCGUCCCGCCGCUCCAUCGACUGCCACCCCUUCAAACUUUCAAUUUGCAUCGGGAGUUGGUACAAGAGGGACAGCAGCUCAAGCAUCGUCAACUACGGUUGCCGUUGCACAUAGAUUUAGACUCCAGAAACAAGAAAAUCAUCCAGGACUUCAGCAAAAACAUCGUUUCGCGACUAAGCAUCUUACGGAGUAUGUUGCAAAGAAUGCUAGUCAAGGAGUUGCCGUAAUGAGUAUGGAGAAAGAAGCUGAAGAGCAAGGAAAUCAUCGGAACGAUUCCCUUAGGCAACAUGAAACUGAUAAUAUGGAAUUUCCCCCAUACAAUACGGAAGAAGGUGAAAUGAGAAGAGUGGAUGAAGUACAACUGAAUCACAACGUUAAAUGUGAUGUUGAUGAUGAGGAUGUAAUGGUGAUUGAAGAGAAAUUAGCAACAGGAAACGUGUCAACUCACAACGUGGAACCCGUAACUGCGCAAGUCAAGCAACAGUAUUUGAGACGCUCGUAUCCAGUCACUCAAAGUUCACAUCAAUUCAUGCCUCAACUUCGUUAUCAUCGAGAGACUCAACAUGAAAACAAACAAGCCCAAUCAUCUCGGGUCACCAACUUCAUUCAAAAGACGUCGGAAGCACCAACAUUCGAAAAAAAGUAUAUGACACAAGAAGAUCUGAUGGAUGUAAAACUAGGAAAGAUUGAGACUCAACCUCUUCAAGCUAUCAAAUUUAACUGUCCAUUUGACUUGCCCAAAGAGAACUAUUUCAAGGUCAAGAAUAUUUCGGAGCACCGGAUCGGGAUUAUGAUUAAUGUCAGUUCUGGUGACCGCAUUGAUCUGGAUACUCAACUCGCGUGUCUGCGUCCAUUGAAAUCCAUCACUAUCAAAGUGACGACUCGUUCGUUUGACCUGAAGGAAUUCACAAAAGAUUUUAUUGCAAUUGAAUGGAUGAAUGUUCUGGAUAACACGGUGCUUACCAAUGAGUGGUUUGAUGGCGAUGGACCGCGAAACAAGAAAACGUUAAUUGUUGAAUAUAGCCUUUGA